CUUUCAGGUUGAAGCUAGAGCUUACUUCCUGCACCCGUUGCUCGGGAGAUCGAUGGAGAGAAGACGUGGUUCGUGCUUCCUCCGGUUCUAUUUCUAAAUAAUUAAAUAAUGCUCAUGGAACUAUUUUGACUUAUAAAUUAAUGGAGCCUGCGAGCUCUUGUUUUACCCUUGUGUGGGUUCUUAUUAAACACUUAUAUUCCGCUAUGUGUUUGAUUGUAUGUUGAUGUUGUUAUGUAUGUUUACUAAUCGGUUUUGGCAUAUGUAUCUAUCGGACAUCUUGUGCAAUUCGGUAAGGAUGAACUGCGGUUAUUCUUAUUGGAUUGUACGACGGUUGUCCACGUGGCACAGACGCGGUCUGGGGCGUGACAAUUAAGUGGUAUCAGAGCCAAACGAUUUCUAAACUAUAUAGUCAACCUCUCAACAGAGUUUCUAUCAAAACAGUUUUCAAUGAAAAACCAUGAGCAUAAGUUUUGUACUUUAAGAGCAUUUGGUUAUCGAGUUGCAAGGUCUCUGGUUGUUAAGAUGGGCCCCUUAACAAUUGGUAUGACAGUGACUUGAGCUAAGUUGUGUCUUGAGUACGUGUCUGUCAAUUGACAUUCAAACGAGUCCAAAGACUCACUCCAACAUAUUCUUUCAGGAAUGGGUGGUAGUGAUAGGGCGGUUCGAGGAAAUCCGAGAGGGCGCGCACCGGGGAUAGCCGGGCAAGCCAAUCGGGGAAUAUCAAGGUCGCGUAAAAGGCGAGGUAUGGGCAACCAAGGCCCACGAACACGAGCCACGAUGGCUGAUCACAAUGUGACUGAAUUCGAGUCGUGGAACUCGGAGGAUGACUCAACUUAUCACCCUGAAAGCGAGUCAGAUGAAACUUCUUUUCAGGAAAACAGUGGAGAGGAUGUACAAAGUAUUCCUCCUGACCAUGUUAGUGAGAUGUACCGAUGGUACCAACGUGAAAAGGGAAGACAACGACAGGGAUCUCAGGAGGGACAUGUCAAAGGCGAGACCUCUCUCAGGAGGGGUCGGGGUGCUCAUAGAGCACAAGUUAGGACAGUCAGAGAUUCUGAUGACGAAGGACCAUUCAUUAAGAUCUCAAAGUACCUCAAAGAGGCUAGAGCCUUGGGGUGCAAACCAUUUGAUGGGACGGGGGACAUAUCAGAAGCAGCCGAGUGGAUAAAAAGGUUAAAUGAUGCAGCUGAGGACAUGCAGGUGGUCCCUGAAAGAAAGUUAAGGGUAGCCACUAGAUUAUUGGAGGGUUUAGCUUCUACUUGGUGGGAAGGCACCAAGGGUAAGUUUGACGGGGUUGUCACGUGGGACAACUUCGAGCAAGCAUUCUAUGAGCAGUUUUACACCUCUUUCGAAGUAAAUCGAAAGAGGAGGGAAUAUAUCGAUCUCAAACAGGGAAAUGAGUUUACGGUGAAGCAACUGGAACAAAGAUUCCGACAUCUGGCAAUGUUCUUGCCUGAGUAUGCCGCAAAUGAGAACCGAAUGGCAAAUCAUUUUUGGAAUGCACUCAAUUUGGAAAUACGCGAAAGAGCGACCUACCAAUUCAACAUGACUUUUAGUCAAGUAGUAGCCCAAGGUCUCCAGGGGGAGGAGCUUUGGAAGGAAAGGCAAGCAAGGGAUGCAAAGGAAGCACAAGAAAGAGAUCAGGUGAUCAUUCACCCUCCACGACGAGAGGGGAAGUAUGAACUUCAGAGCAAGGGGAACUCUAACAGGUUAGUUCCGUUUUUCAAUGAGAUCCAGGACUUGGUAAGUCAAAGCUCAAGCACUCGAGGCACGGGGGCACCCAAAUGUGAGAAUUGUAGGCGAAGGCACUACGGGAGAUGUCGAGAGCCAUCUAGGUGUUACUUUUGUGGAGAAACAGGCCACAUCAAGGUCCUUUGUCCUCAACGUACGCGUGAAGGAACAUCAGGAGCUAGAGGAGGGGUCACGGGGGUUGAAAACCCAACUAGGGUUGCCUCAAACAUGGUACCUUCUACAAGUCAAUGGCGAACUCGCUCGUGAAGGCCGGGAAUGGCGGAAGCCAUUUGUUAGGCCCGACUAUGGCAUAAGGU